AUGGGUGUAAACCGACUGCACAUUGCAACGCCUUGUAUUGAAUCGAGAGAGUUUUCGCGGUUCAUCGGGAGUCAGCAUGUGUGGUUGAAGCUCGAAAACCUGCAACGGAGUGGAUCGUUCAAGAUCCGCGGCAUCGGAUUGCUCUGCUCCGAGUCGCUUCGCCUCCAGCACUGCACUGAGAUUAUUUGUUCAUCUGGUGGGAACGCUGGUCUCGCAGCAGCAGCAGCGGCUUCAGCUUUAGGUCUUCCUGUUCAAGUCUAUGUGCCGGAGACAACGCCGGCGUACAUGCGAGCACGUCUUCGCUCGGAAGGUGCAACGGUGCACGUUCACGGCAAAGUAUGGGACGAGACCAACAGAAAGGCCCUCGAAGUAGUUGAGCGAUCAAGUGGUGCACUUUAUGUGCACCCUUUUGAUCAUCCGCUGAUCUGGACGGGGCACAGCACACUCGUCGAUGAACUCGACCAGCGUCCAGCCGCCAUCGUCUUGAGCGUUGGUGGCGGUGGUCUCCUGCUUGGAGUCGUCCAAGGUCUGCAACGUCGCGGCUGGACGGAUGUGCCGGUCGUAGCUGCUGAAACCGUGGGAGCGGCAAGCUUCGCGGCCACCUUCAACGCAAACGGUGUUUUGCAGCGCAUUCCCACGAUCGAUACUGUCGCGAAAAGUCUCGGUGCAUUGCAAGUAUCCGAGGCCUGUGCGGAGCUCAUCCGCAGCCGAGCGCACCCGCUCUAUUCAUAUGUGUGUACAGACCAGGAGGCGGUUGAGGCGAUGCUUGCUUUCGCGACCCUGCACCGCAUGCUCGUCGAGCCGGCCUGUGGCGCCGCACUGACGCUUGUGACCUCCCCGCGGGGACGCGCUUUUUUGCAUGAGCAUAUCGGUCAAACAGGCAAUAUUGUUGUUGUUGUUUGUGGCGGGAAUAUGAUCACGCCAAGUAUGCUCAUGGAACUUGCAAAGGUCACAGGUGCAUCUGGGGAUUCCUGGUCAGCGAUGUAG